AUGUCGGUCGACGUCUGGGCGGUGGACGUCUCGGCGUGGAACGCGCUGCCGUACACGCGCGUGGAUGCGCGGGGGGCACGACAUAGCGACGAGCACACGCGCGAAUUCGAUAGGGACGCCGCGGCGCUCGUCCAGCCGUACGACCCAGAGGGGUACGCCAAGGUGCAGCAGUACCUGCGUGCGGUCGACCGUGUGCGCUCGCUCAUUGCGCGCCUCUUGCCGCGUGUGUACUGCGCAACGCAUGGGAUUGCGUGGAGCGAGGUUGCGGUGCGCACCGCAAGCGGCGGGCGGCCGUACCUCGAGACCAAUGGGACGUAUAUCGACUACAACCUGACGCACGACGGCGACUGGGUCGUCAUGGCCGUGUGCCGGCACAGCGGCGUGCGCGUCGGCAUUGACGUGAUGGAGGUCGCGCUGCCGUCGUUUGAGGACAGCAGCGCAUCGUUCUGCCGCACGAUGGAGCAGUCCAUGGCGCCGCCUGAAAAACAGUACGUCUUGGCGGCGAGCGACGACGCAGCCAUACUGCAGCGGCUCAUGGACGUAUGGACGUACAAGGAGGCGUAUACGAAAAGCAUCGGCGAAGGCCUCGGAUGCGACUUUCAGAGUAUCGAGGUCGCGUUCUGGGAGGAUCCGCUGCAGCUGCGCGUACGCGGCCAGGCGAUCGACGACGUGCAGUUUGUCGAGAUUGUGCUUCCGCCUGGCCAACAAGGCGCGUCGAAGCCCUCGCAGGUCGCACUGGCCCUGCAUGGCCACGGCGCGCGCCCCCCCUGGCCGCAUCCGAGCAAGGUCGACGCGGCGCGUGCAUCCGACAAUGGAUGGCUACAUACAUGGACCUAUGACGCGUUCCUUGCGUACGCCCGCGACACGCACCGCCCGUAG